UAAAUUGUGAAGAGAUUCAUUUUUCAGUUUUUCUCCACUGUGAAACCCACGGGCGGAAAAGUUCAGGCGCGCACCUAUAUUUGGUGAAAAAAUUCCUCUGAAACCCAUUAUUUUCUAAAAUCAUGUUUUCUCGAGAUUUUUUUUCAUAGAGAGCGAGGAAAGAACAUGAAUUUUCCAUGGCUGCCGCUGUAUUGAGAAGAAGUGGAAAAAGAUUAUUAUCUGCUUCAUUGAUCUCUGCUUCUAGAUCUGUUGAUGCUGUUUCUGGACCUUCUUCUUCCCAUUUGGUGAAAAGAUUAUUCACUGAUUUGGAAGAAUAAUUGUAAACUUACUUUAACAGUUUAACUUCGAACUCUGAACUUAGUUUGAAGUUUGAACCUUCCUUUUCAGUUGUUUUUAGAAGGUUGUGAGAAAAUAUUGAUCAGUGACUGGAUCAGAUUACAGGGAAAUUUAACAAUGUUGAAGCUUUCGCGUAUAAUCAACAAGCAGUUGUUAAACACCAUUCUGUCUUCUUCUGAUUCUCUUCAGUCAUCGCCAGUAAAGUUAUUCGGUAUAACAAAAGCCCCAUUAAAAAUCCCUAAUUUUCCAGCCCCAGUUCUCAAUUUCUCCAGAAACCUGACUCCCAAACAGAAUUUCUUGUUUUCUCAUACCAGAGUUAUUAAUUUAAGCUUCAAUUCUAACCCUCGUAAUUUUUGCUCUAGUUCUCCCCCUCACAUGGAAAGUGUAGUUAAUCAAAAAAUCCCUUCAUCAAAGGAGGUCACUGACAGCACACUGAGCAGAGAAAAAGACCAUUUUUGGGUAUCAAUUCCAGUCAGUGCUUAUUACAAGUUCAACAGGAUUGAUUUAAAAGGAUUAAUGGCUGAGAAUCAAGACAAUUUGAUCCCACAUACUUCUGGAGAGAUCAAUUAUGUUGUUCUCAAAUUCGGCAAUGGGAGCUCUCAAACUCCUUCUCGAGAUUCAGAGGCUAAUUUAAGUGGGAGUAGUCACUCUUACAUGGUGGUUUUCCCGUAUGGAUCCACUGUAGUGUUUAAUAUGCUUGACGGCGAAGUUGAUGGGCAUCUGAAGAUUGUCGAAAGACAUGCCUCAGGGUUAGCGGAAACGGGCAAGGAUGGGGGGUCUUUCCAGAAUUACCACAUUAGUAAGAUACAAUUAAGUUCCAAGUCCAACUAACUUCAAAUUCUACUAUGUAAAGCUUUGCCUUCUACUAUGUGUUAUGCAUCUUUUUUGGUGGUUGUGUAAUGUAUUGUGAAUACAUGAAAGAAGAUGAUGGUGUAAAUACAUGAUUUUGACCAA